AUGAAGCUAAUAACUUUCGCCCUAUUUAGUAUUACAAUUAUACCUAUACAAGCAGUAAAUUAUGCAACACUUUUGGCACACUUGUCCAUCCAUAUUCGUGGAUGUUACUACACUAACUGGGCUCAGUAUCGAGAAGGAGAAGGUAAAUUCUUGCCUGAAAAUAUUCCAAAUGGACUAUGCACCCACAUUCUUUACGCAUUUGCUAAAGUCGAUGAAUUAGGUGAUUCAAAACCUUUUGAAUGGAACGAUGAAGAUACUGAAUGGUCGAAAGGAAUGUACUCAGCUGUGACGAAACUGAGAGAAACCAACCCAGGACUGAAAGUCCUUCUUUCCUAUGGUGGCUACAACUUCGGAUCAGCAGUUUUCACUGGAAUAGCAAAGUCGGCGCAAAAAACGGAACAUUUUAUUAAAUCAGCUAUAGCAUUUCUCCGUAAGAAUAAUUUUGAUGGAUUCGAUUUGGAUUGGGAAUAUCCAGUCGGUGUAGCUGAGGAACACGCUAAACUUGUUGAGGCAAUGAAAACAGCAUUUGUGGAAGAAGCCAAAACAUCUGGUAAGCAACGAUUACUUUUAACCGCUGCUGUAUCAGCCGGGAAAGGAACUAUUGACGGAAGUUACAAUGUGGAGUCUCUCGGAAAAAAUUUCGAUCUCCUAUUUCUAAUGUCAUACGAUUUACACGGUAGUUGGGAGAAGAACGUCGAUUUACACGGAAAAUUGCAUCCAACAAAGGGAGAAGUUUCCGGAAUUGGCAUAUUUAAUACUGAAUUUGCUGCGGACUAUUGGGCAAGUAAGGGUAUGCCGAAACAGAAAAUUAUCAUUGGAAUUCCGAUGUACGCUCGGGGAUGGACAUUAGAUAAUUCUUCGGAAACAGCGAUUGGAGCAGCGGCUAGUCGUCCGUCGUCAGCAUCGAAAACAAAUCCUGCUGGUGGUACUGCAUCUUACUGGGAGAUAUGCAAAUAUCUGAAAGAAGGUGGCAAGGAAACGAUUCAUCAAGAAGGUGUCGGGGCAUACAUGGUAAAAGGAGACCAAUGGUAUGGUUAUGAUAACGAGGAAACUAUCAGAAUUAAAAUGAAAUGGCUUAAAGAGAAAGGAUAUGGUGGUGCCUUCAUAUGGGCUCUUGAUUUCGAUGAUUUCACGGGUAAAAGCUGUGGCAAAGGUCCUUAUCCAUUGUUAAAUGCUAUCAGCAGUGAGCUUGGAAACAGUUUCAUAUUUUGGAUGAAGAAUUCUACAAUUUCAUCAUGA